AUGGUGAAGCAAACGAUUGAUUUAACCGAAAAUUCAUCUAGAAUAAUAUCAUGGUCAUCGUUUAAAGGACAAAUUAUAAAACAAUUUACAUCAACAUAUUCGGACAUUCAAGCAUUUCAAAGGCUAAAAGAUUACCACCAAACAAUACAUCAAACCAUCACACAAUAUUAUAAUGAAAUGAUAAAAUUACUGAAAGAAGUUGAUCCAUCCAUGGAAGAAACACUGAAAGUUAAUUAUUUAAUAUCAAACAUGAAUAAUUCAUUGAAAUAUGAAAUAUAUAAAAAGCAACCAAAAACAACAGCACAAUUUCUUGAUAUUGCUAAGAGAUUUGAAGAUUUACAAAAAUUAAAAGAGAACGAUCAACGAAGAAACAGGUAUUUAACAGAAACUGAAUCAAUAACAACAGUAACUCCAUCAGCUAUUCAACCAAUCACAUCAAGAAAUGCUGGAUUUCAUUCAACAGCACAGUUUACUACAACACCUAAUCAUCAAUCUUCCUCAAAUCACAGAUGGCCAAAUUCUAACCAAUCAACAACUCAGAAUCAGCAAGAUAAUAGAAAUCGGCAAUCAUAUUCUCAUCAACCACAAUAUAACCAAAAUCAUUAUGAACAUCAUCGUGUUCCUCGUUAUCAAAAUCAGCAACGAGGAGGUCAGGAUUUCCAGUAG